AUGAAAGAGGACCAGUAUGAGGAGGAAGAGGAGUCCUGGUAUUCGGGACCAGCACCAGAGUGUGAGGACCUGAUUGAGGACGAGAGCUGCGACACUCACCUCAUUGAACAAACAGAGAAAGGAUUCCGCUGUGCCAUCGACGUCCCCAGUGUCCUCUAUAAAUACAUCAUCGGUAAGAAGGGAGAGACUCGCCGACGCCUGGAGCACGACACCAGAACCAGCAUCAGCAUUCCCAAACAGGGAGUGGAGGGACAGAUAGUGGUCACAGGGGCUCAGAAGUCUGCGGUCUCCAUGGCGAUCACUCGACUGGAGAUUCUGAUUGACAGCUUCAGGAAGAAACAGCCGUUCACUCACUUCCUGUCGCUGCCUCUGAACCAGCCGCAGAUUCAACAGGGGUUUCUCAAGUUUAAGGAGGACGUGCUGGAGGCAUGCUCACAGGAUCAUGGAGUGGAGGAGAGUAUUUUCCAGAAUCCGUCCAAACUGCACCUGACGCUCGGAACGCUGUGUCUGCUGAACGAGGCCGAGGUGCAGGCGGUGGGUCAGCAGCUGCAGCAGAACCAGGACUUCAUCAGGGAGCUCACUGGUGGGAAGCCUCUGGAGCUGCGGGUCAGAGGCAUCGAGUACAUGAACGACGAUCCAGCGGCUGUAGAUGUGUUGUACGCCAAAGUCUGCGAGAAACACGGAUCUGACAAGCUACAGCUGCUGGCGGAUCGUCUGGUCGAGCAGUUUGUGUCUCAGGGUCUGAUGCAGCGAGAGUGGGACCGAGUCAAACUGCACGGAACCGUCAUGAACACACUGUUCCGCCGAGACUCCACAGCGGAAGGUUCUGGUUCAGGAGGAAAAUCCAGAGAAGCUUUUGACGCCAGGAACAUUCUGAAGACCUUUGGUUCGUUUGACUUUGGAGAUCUGCAGCUGAACUCUGUGCUUCUGUCUCAGAGAUUCUCCUCAGAUUGUUCCGGAUACUACUGCACCGCCGCAGCCAUCAGCUUCUCACCAACACAACUAUCAUAA